UACCUGGCGGCCGUGCUGGAGUACCUGACGGCCGAGAUCCUGGAGCUGGCGGGCAACGCGGCCCGCGACAACAAGAAGACGCGCAUCAUCCCCCGGCACCUGCAGCUGGCCAUCCGCAACGACGAGGAGCUCAACAAGCUGCUGGGCAAGGUGACCAUCGCGCAGGGCGGGGUGCUGCCCAACAUCCAGGCCGUGCUGCUGCCCAAGAAGACCGACAGCCAUAAGGCUAAAGCCAAGUAAACGCAUCUAGGACUAAUCAGGAAGCAAAAUGGACCAAAAAAAAAAAAGGCUCUUUUCAGAGCCACCCACAGUGGUCAUAAGGGACUGAGUCACUCUUUGCUUUCGGUUUUUCUAGGGAAUGCGGACACAAA